AUGCUGGUCUGGUUUCUGGACCUGGUUGGGCACUCAGAUGCAUGUGCGCUGCUCAAGUCUUGCGAAUUGCCUUUGGUGACGAGCGCCGAACAUGUCACGUACCUUGAGCUAUGCUUUAUGAGGUAUACACUAAUCAGAGCCAUGAAGGGCGAAGGACAACGAUCAUUUUCCAACUCCCCGCAAGCUCCCGGCUCCAAGCUGUGA